AGAACAGGUCCACGCUGGUCACUGCAGAGAGACUAAAGGUGUGUCCCGUCUUCCCCCUGGCCAUUUUCUGCCGAGAAGCCUGCUUCACCUUCCCAGCCUAGAUCCUGGGAUUCCUCACUCUGAUCCCACACCUAGAUCCUGCCUUCAAAACCAGCCUUCUGGUUCUUCCCUUUCUACCUAGGGGCUCCUUCGGGGGGCCCUUGUCCUAGGCCAUGGCCCUAAGGGUGGGCCUGGGACUUGGGCAGCUGGAAGCUGUGACCAUUCUGCUCCUUCUCGGAUUGCUCCAGUCGGGAAUCCGAGCUGACGGGACUGAAGCCUCCUGUGGUGCCGUCAUCCAGCCACGCAUCACCGGUGGUGGCAGUGCAAAGCCCGGUCAGUGGCCCUGGCAGGUCAGCAUCACCUACGAUGGCAACCAUGUUUGUGGCGGGUCGCUCGUGUCAAAUAAAUGGGUGGUGUCUGCUGCUCACUGCUUCCCCAGAGAACACAGCAGGGAAGCGUAUGAGGUGAAGCUGGGGGCCCACCAGCUAGACUCCUACAGCAAUGACACUGUGGUCCACACAGUGGCUCAGAUCAUCACCCACUCAAGCUACCGAGAAGAGGGCUCCCAGGGGGACAUCGCGCUCAUCCGCCUCAGCAGUCCUGUCACCUUCUCCCGCUACAUCAGACCCAUCUGCCUCCCUGCAGCCAAUGCCUCCUUUCCCAACGGCCUUCACUGUACUGUCACGGGAUGGGGUCAUGUGGCUCCUUCAGUGAGCCUCCAGACCCCUAGGCCUCUGCAGCAGCUCGAGGUACCACUCAUCAGCCGGGAAACCUGUAGCUGCCUGUACAACAUUAAUGCGGUGCCUGAAGAACCGCACACUAUCCAGCAGGACAUGCUGUGUGCUGGCUAUGUGAAGGGAGGCAAGGAUGCCUGCCAGGGUGACUCUGGGGGCCCACUCUCUUGUCCCAUGGAGGGCAUCUGGUACUUGGCAGGCAUUGUGAGUUGGGGUGAUGCCUGUGGUGCCCCCAACAGGCCUGGAGUAUACACUCUGACUUCUACCUAUGCUUCCUGGAUCCACCACCAUGUGGCAGAGCUCCAGCCUCGAGUUGUCCCCCAGACUCAGGAGUCCCAGCCGGAUGGCCACCUCUGCAACCAUCAUCCUGUCUUCAGCUCAGCGGCAGCCCCGAAAUUGUUAAGGCCCGUACUUUUCCUGCCACUUGGUCUGACCCUGGGCCUCUUGUCUUUGGCUUGAACAUUAAGCUAUUUAACCCUCAAAGUUGACCAUGCUUCCAGGACCACAGCACACCCAAGGACAUGUGCCUGUCCGGGAGGGCAGCAUGCCGACUUGAUCUUUGAGCCCACUCGUCUGCAUUUGUUCUUUGGGAUUAUAUAAUCUAGGGCCAAGAAGUUUACUGCCUGUGGAGCGGGCAGGAACUCUAGCCACCUUUCUCUGUUACCUGCAGCUGAUUGGCAAGGCUCCUAUGGAGCUCCCAGAAGCCUCAGCUAGGAAAAUGAGCCCUCACUUCAGCCUGUAUCUAGCACGUGGGGCAGCUGCCUAGCUGACUGCUGCACAAGGCUGACUCUGGGCUCUACCCACCCUGCCUGAUGAGCCCUUCACUUUGUCCUCUUCCUGCCUCCUGGGCUCUGCCUUAAUCUCCUGGACUCCGGAGGACUGAGCCCCCACCGGAGCUGGCUGGGGCUUGGGUCAGGGUGAGGAAUAAAAGGAGCGAGGAAUCAAUGUUUUUAACACAGCUGGCUGUCUGUGAGAUGAAAUGAAGAAUACCACCCUUUGGCAUCUCUGCGUACCUCCAAAGUCCAGUGCACCAGCAGAUUUUACUUUAUGAAUAAAUGACACAAAACA